AAUCCAUCGACGCUCAGCACCCCGUGAGAAAUGUCUGAACUACGGAGAUUCAGAGCGACGGAUCUGUUUGAGUUCAAUAACGUGAACCUUGAUGUUCUGACUGAGACCUACAACAUAUCCUUUUAUCUUUCCUACCUAGCAACAUGGCCCGACCUCUUCACAACAACCCUCUCCCCAACAACCCAACAACCAAUCGCCUACAUCAUGGGUAAAUCCGAAGGCACCGGCACCCUCUGGCACACCCACGUAACAGCCCUCACAGUCUCACCCUCUCACCGCCGUCUCGGCCUCGCCCGGAUCCUGAUGAACAUGCUCGAACGAACAGGUGAAGAAAGUUAUGACGCAUUUUUCGUGGAUUUGUUUGUUAGGUGCGGGAAUGAGGUUGCGAUUGGGAUGUAUGAAGGGUUUGAUUAUAGCGUGUUUAGGAGGGUUGUUGGGUAUUAUUCGGGGGGGAAGGGGGAGGAGGAGGAUGCGUUUGACAUGAGACGGCCGUUGAGGAGGGAUAAGGAGAGGAAGAGCAUUAGGGAGAAUGGGAGGGACGUACGCGUACAGCCGCAGGAUGUGUGGUUCUAGUUCCAUAAAAUGGCGCAAAUAUACCCGGGGAUAUUGCAGGUGGGGGCAGGACGCGAAGUCAAUGUUCAAUCAUUCUAUUCGUGACAACGAUAGAGCCUAUGGUAUUAGAGUACAAUAUCAUCCCCUCACAACGUUAUUUUGUCGCUUAUUUAACGUAAGUCUGUUUCAAAAAGUUAGCACUUUUCCACACAUCUUUGAAUCAACCUGAACCCACCUGCAACGCCUCCAAAACCUCAACCUCAAUCUUCGCCUCAGCAACAUCCGCCUCACUUCCAUU